CGAAUCCUGCUGGAACAUCUGAUCGUGUUGAUACCUCGGCAAGCGCUUCGGUUCCUGGGGCCGUGGCGACCACGGGAGGUGUUGAUGAUCCGACCCAAGCUGCUGUUCCUGACACCAUGGCUCCGGCAGUUGAAAGUGUUCCGCCAUUAGACGAUGGACGGGCAGGACCCACUACUGGUGUUGGUGUAUCUUUUAACGCGCCCAUGGCACCAGUGGCAGUGUGUUGGAGGGUGACGUGUCUGAGGGUGAAGCGACCGCAGAAUUUCGUGUGCGCCGUGUCACCUCACAACACAAACCGAAGGAUACCAGAACACAUUUCAGACAUUUAUGGGUUCAAUACCGAGCGUCAGUGUCACACCUCUCCUACUAAAACAAAUAUUCGUCAGAGAAGAGAAUGUGUUACACAGUCUCCAGUCCCGGUCGCUCCUAUAAACUCUAGGCCUACUCCUAUUAUAGAGGCUGAUAGUAGUGAGAGUGAGAAUGGUGACAAAUGUUACAUGAGCCACUGUGGCCAAGCGCAGGCGACAGGUGGUGAAUGGGACCGGCACGGCAGAAACUGCUCAGCAACAUGUAGGACGACUGAAAGUUGUACAACCCACAACAAAGAUAUUUGUGAGUAGGCUUGAUCCUGCCACUGCAGAAA